UGUGGCCUGAGGAAUAUCACGGUGAUAUCAGCACAUACGAGAAGGCCUGGGUUGGCGGGGUCCGGAGAGGGCGGCUUCCCUGCGGCAAGUGAAUAGAGUCAGCUGUCAUUCCUCGGCCGCUGGUCCAUCAGGCGUGUCGCCUCGCGUCUGUGUCUCCUCUGCGUGAUUGUCCCAACAUCUCCACCAAUUAAAAACAUCAUCGAAACUGAAACAUCUCGCCAUUCAAGGGAAGACUAAUCUCUACUUUCACAAGACGGGCUGUGUAUGUAAAUGCCGACAAGUAAGGCGGAGAUAUUGCGCUCAAGAUGAACAAAGACCGUCUACCUUCUGCAGCUUGAGAUCAGGUGUCUCAUUCUCAGGAAAGGAUACUAUCAUUUAAUGUCACUAAAUAAGUCUUCAUAAAUAGUGCAAGCAGAGAAGGACGUCAAGUCUCCAAGUUUUUUCAUGAUAUACAUUUCUCUCACCUACUGAGGAAUCGACAGUUAGUUUUGUUGGUACAGAUACUAACCACUUCACAGAGAAUAUAGUGCCACAAACCCGACAUGACACCCACAAACCAGGAAGCUAAGUUUGGUUCAGAUCAAUGAAAGCAAAGAUAGAAAAAAAUUGUAUCUGAAGAAGACCAGCGUAUGAUUAGAUCCCAUUCAUAAUCAAUGUAUAAAUACUUUUCAACAAAGGGAAUCCAUUACUGUAAGACGUCGUUCUAACAUAAAAAGGAAAUAUUAGCUUUCCCCGAUCUUUCAGCUCCAACCAUCAGGUUGCCAAUUAAGGAAAGGACAGUAAAGAUGGUGGCACUAGCUCUGUAAUUAGCUAAUCUGAAGACAUCACUUUGGGAAGUGACGAGAAAGAGCCGUUUUAUUUUCAUACUAAAAAUUCUAAAGCAAUACAAAAUAAUCAAAACGGUUCCUUGAGAUUUCAGAAUCUAAUCAAUUAUUGCAAUUAGACUACAAAGAAGCAAGCACACAGAUCAAACGGAUUCGAGAGAGAUGUCUUUUUCUGGAAGAGAAUAUAUGUCUGAGACCAAUACACAAAGAAGAAGUAAGAACUCGUUACAAAGUUCCCAUCUACAUUAUGCUAUUCCUGACAUUCAGAUCCAUGUGCCUGAUGAAGACACAGACGCUAAUUACUCAGAAAAUUCUAGUGCAAGCUCAGAAACAGAUGUGGAUUCCACACCUCAGUCACAAUUAGAUAGCAUAGAAGGCAAUUUUUUUGAAGAAUCACAAAACCCAAUUUUUUAUGACGAUAAUCUUUACAACAGUGAACAAGAAAAUGCCUUCUCCUCCAUCAUGGACCUUCCGGAUCUUAAUAAUUAUAUGGUGAUCCCAAAUGUUGAUCCUUCCAAAAAUGCGCGAUCUAAAUCUAAUUCUAAUCACUCAGUCAGCAGAUCAAACUACUUUAAAGCAACUACUGAGGAAGGCGACGAGCUUCCACAAAACUAUAUUCAUAAUAAGCAACCUGACAAGAAAUCAGGCUUUCUGUCAAGUGAAAUUCCUGCUGAUAAACAAAGGCGCAAAUCUGUCACUGAUCUGGCUCCUUUUAUGCAGCCAAGAAAGUCUAUUGUUGAAUUAACCCCUGCAAUGCAAGCCCGUAUUUCAGUUUUUGAAACUAAUUUAGGGACAGAAAAUCAAAUACUGAAAUCAGAUGACACAGCCACAGAGAGAAGAAAGUCACUCAUAGAAGAAAUACCAACUGUAGAACGCAGGCGAUCAAUCAGAGCAGAGGUAUUAGAACUUGAACGACGUUACUUGUCAGGAGAUGAAAGAGCAAAUCCUGACUAUCUCCCAGAGACUAAAGAUGAGAUACAAGCACUUCAACGACGUAGGUCGAUAAGAAACGAAAUACUCAGUUUUGAGAGACGUGGAUCAAUGCAAGACCAAACAAUAAUUCCUUCCAGAAGACGUUCAAGAGCAGAUAGUGAUGAAAAUUUGCGUCGCAAGUCAAUUAAAACCGAUAGUUCUGAAGGUGAUAAUGAGAUAGUAAUGCGAGCUGAAGUUUUGAGUCCUGAGAAGGGUAUAUCAAUUAAGAAAAAAAUAUUGGAAAUGGAACGGAGGAAGUCAAUAAAAGAAAAUGAAAGAGUAUCAACAAAUGAAUAUAGAAAUACACCAGAAAUUGAAAUACAGCCACCUGACUCAGAUGGAGGAUUUUCUGAUACAGAAGAACAAUACUUUAGGUCAGUUAAACCAUAUCUCAAGUACAGGAAGUCAAUAUCAGAACUUGAACCUUAUUUCCUUCACCAAAGUGAAGCACUGAAGUUAAGUUCAUCAGUUCAAGAAGAAAUAGCUAGACUUGAAGAGGAAUCUGCUAUGGGAGAAGAGAAAAAUGACGCUAUAUCUUUCAGUGACCUUACCAAAAACAAUUUUGAGCAAGAGCAUUCAGACUUCAAAUCAGAAAGAGGAGAAUACCAAGAAGAAUUCGAGUCAGAAAAUAUGAAUUUCCCUGAUUCCAGAAGAUCAAGCAAGAGCUCUGCUACAAGUAAAGAGAGGCAUCUUGUAUCCAGAGAGUCAAGGCCAGUAGAAAAGGUUGAUGGAGAUCAAGACAUUAACAGAAAACAACUCUUAGAACAUCAAAACUCAAUAGCCAUGGAAGAAUCGGAGUUUAUCAGUCGAAGGCUCAGUAAUGAUCCUUUAACUUACAGUGAAAGAGACAUAUCUGAUUCAACAAUCAGCCACUCAAACAGAAAUUCUUUUUCUCUGGAUAAUGUACAAAAAUCCUCAAGGAAGAAUUCCUUUUCAGAAGAAGGCUCUUUAAAAUCAUCAGGAUUAAUAAGUAGUCAAGGGGAUAGAAUGCAAAUAAAUGAAACAAGCACUGAAGAGCCUUCAAACUAUUUAACAACAGACUCUAAUAUAGAGGUGAAUCAAAGAAGAAAAUCAAUAGCUUUAGAAGUAUUAGGGUUUCUUACCAGGAGGAUAAGUAAUGCACUUGAAACAGAUAAUGAAAAUCAAACAUUCCAAAAGACUGACGAGCAGGAGUUUCAAGAAGGGGAUUAUAAGUCUCAAACAUCAUCAAUAUACAAUAAUGACAGUAAAAGUGCAUCAAGAAAAUCCUCAGUUAUUGAUCGGAAGCUGUCACAAGGAUCUACACCUCAUGAAGCUCUCAGUUGCUCCCCACAAGAAUCCAUAUCACCAAAUCAUGAUAACCUUGGUACUGAAGAGAUUGUACAGUAUGACCAACGGCGUAAGUCAGUUACCAUGGAAGCCUUGGACUUUAUGGUUCGAAAAUUCAGUAGUGAGCCAAUUCCAGAUCAUCAAUCAAGGAGAUCAAGUAUCAAUCCUGAAGAUGUAGGGGAUCUUGAAGAAACUGAGAAAAUGCAAUCAAUGACAGUUCAGAUGUAUAACGAGGACAAUCGAAGAUCACUAUCUGAUAAAGGUAGUCGAAGAUCUUCUAGAUCAUCAGUCCACAAUAAUCACAGGUUAUCAAGAGGCUCGGUAACAGCUGAUGACCAAUAUGGGACACAAAAAGAGAUAGAUUAUGUUACUGAGACAAGCAGGUCAAGAAGAAGUUCAGCAUCAGCUGAAGAUGGUCAUAGAUCACAACGAGGAUCAAUAGCAUUUGAAAGAGGAUCGGUAUCUUUAGAAUUUGAUCGCAAAUCGCAAAGGAAUUCAUUAAUAAAUGAGGAUGGCAACAGAUCUCGUAGGAGUUCUAUAAAUGAUAAUGACGACUCAGUAUCUCACGCUGGAUCAAAAUUGGUUGAUGAUGGCCAAAGGUCUCGCAAGAAUUCAGCGGUAAUGGAAGAUGAGAGAUCUCACCGAGGGUCCAUAUCAGACAGUGUUAGCCAUAGAUCUCCAAGAGGAUCUAUAUCAUUACAUGAAAGUCACACACCUAAUCGAGGUUCUGGAUUAUUUAAUGAUGCUAGAAUCUCUCCUAGAGGAUCAAUAUCCAGUGAAAGAAACUACAGAUCUCGCCAGGGGUCAACAUCAGUCGAUGAAGGCCAAAGAUCUCGCAGUGGAUCGGUAACAAUUCAAGAUGGACAAAGAUCUCACAGAAAUUCAUUCUAUGAAGAAGAGCAAGCCAAAUCUCGCGAUAGUUCUCGAAAGGGUUCUAUUGAUGGUAGAAUCUCUCCUAGAGGAUCAAUAUCCAAUGAAAGAAACUACAGAUCUCGCCAGGGGUCAACAUCAGUUGAUGAAGGCCAAAGAUCUCGCAGUGGAUCGGUAACAAUUCAAGAUGGACAAAGAUCUCACAGAAAUUCAUUCUAUGAAGAAGAGCAAGCCAAAUCUCACGACAGAUCUCGAAAGAGUUCUAUUAUGAAUGACACCCAAGAUGAGAUGAAUGACAGUUUAAAAGAAGAGACUCAUGAAGAGCCAAGACGAAAGUCAAUUGGAAUGGAGGUUUUAGGAUUUAUUGCAAGGCGAUUUAGCAAUGCAUCUGAGAAUGAAGCGGGCACUACCAUACCUUCUAUUACAGUUGAAGAGCAUAAAGAUAGUCAGACUUAUGAAUCACCUCAAGGAAGUCGAAGAUCUUCAUUCUCAAAUUAUCACAGAUCUUCAGUUGAUGAAUAUCAAAACGAUUCACAGUUAGUUGAUGAGGAGCCUGUUAAUUCACGGAAGAGUUCAAUAUCGACUAAAGAUGGGCGCAGAUCUCAGAGAGGGUCAGUAUCAGCUGAAGAUAGUCAACUAUCACGUAAAGCAUCCAUGGUAUCUGAUAGUGGCAGAAGGUCUUCCAAAGGUUCAAUAGUACAUGAUGGCCAUAGGUCGCAUAGAGAAUCAAUAUCAGCAGAAGAAGGUGAAGGAUAUCACAAUGAAUCAUCAAUAUUGAGAGAGGGUCAGUCUUCUCGUAAAGGGUCUGUAUCAACUAAUGAUGAUUGGCGAUCACCAAGAGGAUCAUUUUCAAUAGAAGAAAGCCAAACGUCAAAGAGGGGGUCAGUGACAGAUGAGUAUGGUCGAAAAUCUCAAAGAAAUUCAUUAAUAAAUGAAGAUAUCAACAGAUCUCGUAGAAGCUCUAUAAAAGAUGAAGAUUAUUCAAUCUUAGUUGAUGAAGGUAAAAGAUCUCGCAAAAAUUCAAUGGCAGCAGAAGAUGCAAGAUCUCACAGAGGGUCCAUAUCAGAGAAUGUUAGCCAUAGAUCUCCGAGAGGAUCAAUAUCAUUACAUGAAAGUCACACACCUAAUCGAGGUUCUGGAUUAUUUGAUGAUGCUAGAAUCUCUCCUAGAGGAUCAGUAUCAAGUGAAAGAAACUACAGAUCUCGCCAGGGGUCAACAUCAGUUGAUGAAGGCCAAAGAUCUCGCAGUGGAUCGGUAACAAUUCAAGAUGGACAAAGAUCUCACAGAAAUUCAUUCUAUGAAGAAGAGCAAGAAAAAUCUCGCGAUAGAUCUCGAAAGAGUUCUAUUAUGAAUGACACCCAAGAUGAGAUAAAUGACAGUUUAAAAGAAGAGACUCAAGGAGAACCAAGACGAAAGUCAAUUGGAAUGGAGGUUUUAGGAUUUAUUGCAAGGCGAUUUAGCAAUGCAUCUGAAAAUGAAGCGGGCACUACCAUACCUUCUAUUACAGUUGAAGAGCAUAAAGAUAGUCAGACUUAUGAAUCACCUCAAGGAAGUCGAAGAUCUUCAUUUUCAAGUUAUCACAGAUCUUCAGUUGAUGAAUAUCAAAACGAUUCACAGUUAGUUGAUGAGGAGCCUGUUAAUUCACGGAAGAGUUCAAUAUCGACUAAAGAUGGGCGCAGAUCUCAGAGAGGGUCAGUAUCAGCUGAAGAUAGUCAACUAUCACGUAAAGGAUCCAUGGUAUCUGAUAGUGGCAGAAGGUCUUCCAAAGGUUCAAUAGUACAUGAUGGCCAUAGGUCGCAUAGAGAAUCAAUAUCAGCAGAAGAAGGUGAAGGAUAUCACAAUGAAUCAUCAAUAUUGAGAGAGGGUCAGUCUUCUCGUAAAGGGUCUGUAUCAACUAAUGAUGAUUGGCGAUCACCAAGAGGAUCAUUUUCAAUAGAAGAAAGCCAAACGUCAAAGAGGGGGUCAGUGACAGAUGAGUAUGGUCGAAAAUCUCAAAGAAAUUCAUUAAUAAAUGAAGAUAUCAACAGGUCUCGUAGAAGCUCUAUAAAAGAUGAAGAUUAUUCAAUCUUAGUUGAUGAAGGUAAAAGAUCUCGCAAAAAUUCAAUGGCAGCAGAAGAUGCAAGAUCUCACAGAGGGUCCAUAUCAGAGAAUGUUAGCCAUAGAUCUCCGAGAGGAUCAAUAUCAUUACAUGAAAGUCACACACCUAAUCGAGGUUCUGGAUUAUUUGAUGAUGCUAGAAUCUCUCCUAGAGGAUCAGUAUCAAGUGAAAGAAACUACAGAUCUCGCCAGGGGUCAACAUCAGUUGAUGAAGGCCAAAGAUCUCGCAGUGGAUCGGUAACAAUUCAAGAUGGAAAGAGAUCUCACAGAAAUUCAUUCUAUGAAGAAGAGCAAGCCAAAUCUCGCGAUACAUCUCGAAAGAGUUCUAUUGAUGGUAGAAUCUCUCCUAGAGGAUCAAUAUCAAGUGAAAGAAACUAUAGAUCUCGCCAGGGGUCAACAUCAGUUGAUGAAGGCCAAAGAUCUCGCAGUGGAUCGGUAACAAUUCAAGAUGGACAAAGAUCUCACAGAAAUUCAUUCUAUGAAGAAGAGCAAGAAAAAUCUCGCGAUAGAUCUCGAAAGAGUUCUAUUAUGAAUGACACCCAAGAUGAGAUAAAUGACAGUUUAAAAGAAGAGACUCAAGGAGAACCAAGACGAAAGUCAAUUGGAAUGGAGGUUUUAGGAUUUAUUGCAAGGCGAUUCAGCAAUGCAUCUGAAAAUGAAGCAGGCACUACCAUACCUUCUAUUACGGUUGAAGAGCAUAAAGAUAGUCAGACUUAUGAAUCACCUCAAGGAAGUCGAAGAUCUUCUAAUGCUUCAUUCCAAAGUUACCACAGAUCUUCAGCUGAUGAACAUCAAAGGUCACAAAGAGAUUCAGAGUUUGUUGAACAGGAAGCUAUUAGUUCAAGAAAGAGUUCAAUAUCAUCUAGAGAUGGGCGCAGAUCUCAGAGAGGGUCAGUAUCAGCUGAAGAUGGACACAUAUCACGUAAAGGAUCUAUGUCUUUUGAAGAUGGUACAAAACAUCACAGGGAUUCCAUUCCUUCCGGGGGAGGCCAGAUACCUCAAAGAUUAUCCCAGGAAGUGCAUGAAAUUCCUGCUUUACAAGAAAAAACUAUUGAUUCCAGGAAAAGCUCACAUACACAAGAAGUAAAUAAUGUUUCACAAUUUAGUUCUGAGAGUGAUACAGAACCUAAUGACAUCAAGUAUGACAAAUAUAAAGUACGUGACAGUGUCCCAAGUGAAACUUCAGAUGUCAUAUUACACCACUAUAUUCAAAGAUCAUUCAGUGAAGAAACACCUGAGAUAACCGACUAUGUAUCUGAUUCUGAAAGUGGAUCAGAAUUGAACUUUGAGCUAGCAUUGAACGAAAUAGAAUCAGACAGUCAGUCAACAAUUAUAAUAAAUGGAAAUCAGGUCCAAAAUUACAAGAUGACAAUGCAGCAGAAGGAAAUUCUUGUCAUGAAUAAGUAUAAAGAUGAAAAAGAAACACCAGAUCUGUACGAAGCUUUAUAUGGCCAUAUCAUAACACUCCUUACACUCCCUGAACUUGGAGGGAAGGAGCAUGAAUUAUGUGCAACAUUUAUACCCGACGUUACACUUGAAUCAUCAAUUAAUGAUACCGAAUGGAAUGAAAUCUCUCAAAAAUACAAAAAUAUUACAGGAUUCUCGACACCUGGUAUAACUCAAAUGUCUGCAUUAACUACAUUGGACAGAAAGGGAGGAUGGACAACAGCAGAUGCCCUACAAAACCAGAAGAAAAGGAAACCUCUUGACAGCAUAACGACAGUGACAUUCUGUGGAUGUGGGUUUCUCGGAGGCUACCUGGUGGGCGCAGCAACGUACCUCCAAGAACGUGCGCCUCACCUCUUGCAAGGACGUCUUGCAGGAUCGUCGGUUGGUUCCUUGAUAGCCGCCUGUCUAGCCUGUGACGUUCCACUUGAGUAUGUUCGCAAGAACAUACUGGCAACAGCUGACGUCGCCCAGAAAUACCUCAUGGGUCCCUUCAACCCAUUUUUCCCGAUUGAGGAGCCGUUACUCAAGAACCUUCUGAAAAUGAUACCCGAGGAUGGACACAUUAGAGCUUCUGGAAGGCUUUACUUGUCUCUCACUCGAGCCACAACGUUGACUAAUGAGAUCGUCAGUGAGUAUUCAUCGAGAGACGAACUGGUUAGAGCUAUUCUUUGCUGCUGCUUCCUGCCUUUUAUUUCUGGAUUCUCUGUUCCUUCAUUUAAUGGCCGAAAAUAUAUAGACGGAGGCAUGAGCAACAAUAUGCCGUUGAAAGGACCGAACACCUUAUCCAUCAAUGCUUUCUCUGGAGUGUUUGACAUAUGUCCCGAGGAUCCAGAUGGACCUGAACGUCCACUGGUUACAGCUUUCAACCAAAGCGUCAGGAUGACCAACAACAACCUGACAAGACUGAUACACUCACUUCUCCCUCCGACGAGUGAAGUUCUAGACAAACAUUUCCAACAAGGUUACGACGAUGCCAAAAACUACUUUCCUCUGUGGAAUACAAAGUGAGAAAUCUGUAGCCUAAACAAGGUUGUCUUUAUCUGACGGCAUUUUUCAUCAUAUUCUCUAAGCACAUGAUGCCACUUUACCUGUAUUUUGGUGGCAUCUAUAAGAAAUAUUGCUUUCUAAUGAAGUUUGCCUAGUCAUGCCUUUUGCGAUAUCAAAAUCUUGUGCUGGAAUGCUUUGAUGGUUUCCUUUAACAGAUGUUCUUUCUAGUUAAACGUACUUUAUGAAUUGUGUGGCACAGAGCUUCUCUUUACAGUAUUUCAAGACUAGACGUGUUGAGUUAAACUUUAGGGUAGUCAUAAGUUUUUUCACAACUUCAUAAUGAAUCACAUGUAUGAAUAAUCUUUAUCUAAAUACAUAAGUUUACUGAAAACGCUUACAAAGUAAUAAAAUCUGAACGGAUUAGGAAUUCCACUCAACCAAAGAAUGUAUAAUUAUGUAAAUGGUUCUUAACCAUUGCCUUGAUAUAUUCAUAUCUGACAAGGCAAUAUCCGAAGGAAGAGGCAUAUUAUAUUCCACAGUGUAAUGCAAUUGAGAAGAAAUACCUGAAUACAAUCUUAGCAUUAGAUGAUAUCAGCUUGCGAUGUUAUAUAAUAUUAAGAUGCAUGCGAGUGUCAUCGGACUUGUGACCAAAAAUUCUAGGUUUGAACUUGUAAUCUCUUUUCAAGUUUGUAUUACUAACCAGAAAACAUUGCAACUGAG